AUGGCCACAGUCUCACGCAAUGUAUUGCUGCAUGCCACAGGGACGGAGAGUGAUUUCCUGCUGUACGCGCAUUUCAUCCAAGCCAUUCUGGCGCUGAUCAAGAACUACGGGGGCGGCAACAAGUGGAUGUCAAAACACGCACAACAAUUCUUCGAACGACUGGCAGACACACACGCGCUGCAACUAGACUACCACGACAUGAGUGUGCACGAGAGGGAGGGACAGAACAACGCUGAGGUGCUUGUGUUCGUCAGGAUUACGGACUGCCUAUUCCGACUACCGCACACGCUGUACACGUGUCCCACACCACUGUAUGCACUACACGUGUCUGAGGCGGUCAUUGACGUCAGAAACGCGUCGGAUUUCAUGGAGAUCAUGUUCAGCUUCGACCCCAUCACUUUGCUACCCACCAAUAAGAAGGGUAGGUGA